UCUAAUUCCGCCGUUUCUCUAUCAUUGUAAAAAUCCAAAUAUGUAAUUAAAAAAAAAAGAAUUGUUAACCUCGUUCUAUCUUAUUCACAAAACUGGCAAUAAGAUAUUAAAUGUAAAAUAAAAUUCAGCACUAUAGAUUUCUUCUUAUGUAGUUAAAAUAUAGUUAGUUUUUCAAUUUUUUUGAGUGAUCCGUCUAAAGUUGUUCGUAAAACCAAACUAUAAAAAUUUGGAGUUUCAAAAGGAGCUGAAAUUUGAAAAUGAAUUACCCCGAGUAAAAUCAUUCGUUUAUACAAAAAUGGUCAAAGGAGGCUAAUGACCGUUGACGAGACAUCGCCCCCACCAUAUCAAAAAUUCGCACAUGAUUGCCACAAGGAAGGCCAGAGGAACGUGAAUAUGAGUCAAGGCUCAUCCGUGAUCAUUGAUAAGUUAGUUGACUAGCAUUCAAGGAAACCGCCUUCAGUUCUUCAUUUGCACUGCCGCCUCCACCAUCGUCGGCAAAAGCCAAUAGUAGCAAUUAGUUAUGGAGGAACAAGAGGUUUUCGUCAACUUGCAUUACAUCCCGAUCAUCAUUUUUAUCUCGUUACCUAUAACAUUUCUUAUUUCAUAUAUAAUAGCUGUACAACAGGAUCAUGUGGUGGUGGCAGGUUUCCCAUUUAUUUCGGACACAGCAACUUACCCGCCAGAGAGUUGCAUUUUUGGACAAUUACUUAACAUUAUCGCAGCCCUUAUGAGCUUCCUAGCUUAUCUGAGAUACUGUCAAAUUAAGGAAUACAUCGCUUCAUUUCGACUAAGUAAUUCACUUGUAAAAUGGAACUUCUGGGGCCUCAUUUUUGGCAUAAUUUCUAGUAUAGGCAUGUCUUUAGUCGGCAAUUUUCAAGAAACUUCGGUCAUGAGUGUCCAUAUCAUUGGAGCUAUGGCAUGCUUUGGAGGAGCAACAAUUUACUUUUGGACACAAAGUAUGUGUUCCCAUCACUUACACCCAUUAGCGUGCUCUCAGAGGCUUGUAUAUUUCCGGAUGGUCAUUUCAGCGUUAUGUACUAUAUUUUUCAUCUUAGGGGUGAUAGCAGCAAGUUUCUCACAAAGAGCUUAUAAAGGUACUAAUCCCAGAAAAUGGACUAAAGAAGAUGGAGGAUUUGAAUGGCACAUAGUUAGUUCAGUUUCUGAAUGGAUUUCUUCGAUAGUUAUGUGUGUGUACAUACUCUCUUUUACCAAUGAAUUCAAAGAGUGUCAACUUUAUCGUCCAAAGCUACACAGAGGUAGCAGCUACGUGAACCUCUCCAAUUCCCCUAUAAAUACAUCCUACCCGAGAUAUGGUGCCCUCAACUUCGAUUAUCUAGAUGAUACUUUGGAGGUGGCACUUAACUACCAUAAGACUGAGAACUCAAAUAUUGUUUGUCCAGUGCAAAUACACGUUAGAGAGGACCCUGAACAGAAGAAUCUUUUAGACUUUGACAGCGAUGAUGACCUUCUCGACAAUGAGAAUUACAUCCUCAUCGACCAAGAUCUAAGUUUUGAUAUCACCCCAAAAAGGCACCCGUAUCCUGAUGCCAACAGUCACAAUUAUAAUUUUUUCAACGACAAAUCUCGGAGUAUUAGCCCUUUCAAAUCCCACAGUCUCGCGAUUCCAUAUUCCAUAGCAAAUAGCCACAAUCAAGAAUCCAAUAGUCAUACAAAUUACGUCUUCUCAGAUACAUCUGACAAAAAUGAAGAGACCUCCUAUGAAAACGGAUCUCCAUACUCUGUCGAAAAUAGUCAUGGGAUCUACAAAAUUUUAUCAGAAAGCAGUGGUAGGAUCGAUGAAAGCCUUUCUACCGAACUUUUGAUUCCUGCAGAUGAUCAUAAUUACGACAUUGCUAAUAGCCAUAAUUAUGAAAUAUUUUACAAUAGUCAGAUACAACAUGAAAUAGACAGGAACAUUUCCAAAAUGGAAGCUGAUGAUAAAUCCAGUCAUAGCUCCAGAUGUACUGAGGAGACAAGCAGUACCUGUGAUAUAGAAGAAUGCCUCAUCCAGAUUGAAGAAAGUCUUUUAAAUAUCGAAAAAAACCUCCUUCAUGUUCAAGACCUUGAUAUUCCGGAACUGAAACAUUUACUACACAAAAGCCCAAGUAUUGAAAGGAGUCUUUUAGAAGUCCAGGAUCUUCUCUGCACCGAAAAUAUUGAAUCUGUGAGACGAGGUGAACUUAUCACCCUUAUUUCUGAUGAAGGGCAGGAACUUAAUACAACAGAUUCUUCAUCAAAUUUGGAGGGUUUUCAAGAUUCUGAACAAGUGGUGUUUAACAAUGAAAAAAACGUCAAUUUUGUUUUAAAUAGUCUCAGCAGGACACCUACCAAAUGCAAAAUCAUGAAUGCUGAAAAAAACAGAGCACUGAUGAAGGAUAACAAAAAUCUUGACUCUGUAAAUUACAAUUAUAAAAACUCUUCAGAGGAGAAACUAUGUUUUAAAAAAGUCCAGAGCAGGUCAAAUUCUUUGGACGAGAAUUCGAUCUUCCAAUCGACGGAGUUUCAGCAUGAAAGAAAAACUUCACUUGAAAAUAUCUUCUCGGGAAAAAACUACAAUUUUCCGAAGAACAAAAUUAAAUCCAGCGCUAAUUUAGAUCAGUUUAUGAUUCAGGACAAUCUUAAGGUUCCUCAACUUAGACGGUCCAGGAAAGAAAAGGCAUGCCGCUUAGCAGAAGUGGAAGCAAAGACAGAAGAGUUUCAAAGGAAAAUCAAAAAAAUAAUCUCGAAUCGAAAUGCUUUUUCUGGUUUUGCGAAUAAGACAGUUUUGGAUUUUCCUCGGAUUCAAAUAACAUCUACAGAUUCAGAUGAUAACGAGAAAGAUCAGCAUUCUGUGGGUAAUAAAACAUUUAGACAUGAUAGAAGAAAGCGAAAGAAAAUUAUUAAUAAUUCUCAAGCUGGGGAAAAUGCUGUUGUUCCCAGCAAGUUAAUUUCCUUGUCGCUAUCACUUUUGUUAGCAGCCUUGCUUCAAGCUGUGAGAUGCCUCACAGAUUUGGUUGAAGGUGCAUUUAGAUCCAUCAGUUUCGACCAAAAUAGGGUUCUGCAGUGAAUUUCUAUAUUGAAGAUCAUACUAAAUAGAAAUAGUUUAUCUAAUAAUAUUUAUAUAUCGGAUCGGUAUUCUUUCAACAACCUUUUUUUAUAAAUGGUACUUCAUUAUACUUAAAGCUUUGCUAUAGCGCUUUAAACUGCUCAUGUUAAAAGAUCAAAUCAUGUCACGUUCUAGUGAUUGAUAAAAAUAUGAAUUCAAAAAAAGUUUUGUUUUUCGAUCUAAUGAUCGGCAUUUUAAAUAUUCUUGUCUAAAACUAAAUCCUUCUAUUGUUUUUAUUUAUCCUUCAGAUAAUUAAAUUGCGGCAAAUUCAUUGUCAAUUCCGCUUUUUUGUUAAUGAAUAUUGCCUGCCUAUUUAGGGAAAUCGGAUUAAAAAUUCUAAUCAGCAGAUCAAAGAACUCGAAAAUCUUGCUCAAUUUGAAUUCGCUGGCCAAUAAACGGUAAGAUGAUUUUUAUUUAUAUUUAAUUUUGCGUUACUAAAAAGUCUUUUGGCAUGGUAGUCAAUUACUUGUUAAAUAAUCACAAAAAUCGCUCUCUAAAUUUGAAUGAGUAAAAUAUAACUGAUUGGCAGUUAAAUUCUACUAAUUUCUGUAGCUUGAAUUGGGUCACUGACAUUUAGUUGAAUUGUAUUGAUUGGAUUAGUAAGACGAAAAUGACUAAUUGAAUCAGUUAUAUGUACCGGCACUAAUAAAACUGAUUAAUCAGUUAAAUAAUAAAUAAAUAAUCAAAUAAUAAUAAUCGACUAAUUGCUUAUUCAUUUAUUGAAAUAAACAUUUGAAAUUCAAGUCAUUCUGAAUCGAACAAUAUUACUUACAUAUAAAAUAUUAUUUAAAUAAUGCACAAAUUUCUGGUUAAUACAUAUUACAAUGAUCUUAAUGAUUAACCGUACUUAUUAAUCUAGAACAUUGUCAAUUUGUGUCCAAUUAAAAUAUUUCAUCAAUAUCAUUUGAUCCAUUAUUUUCCCCUCAGCGUUUAACGAAGUGAAGUUAGCUGAUGGUUGAGGUGAUCAUACCUCAUUUAAGCGCCUUGAAACACGAAUAUAUGUGAAAAAUUAAAAUGUAAUGGAAAGAAUACAAUAUUUUCAAAUAAAACAUGUAUAACAAUACACGGGUAAAAUGAAUUUGUAAAUUACUCUUAGUACUUUACAACAUUUACACCCGUGUAUUGUUAUAUAUUAAGUUUAUAUAUUCAGAGGAAAAAUUUAUAAUUUAACUUUUGGUUAAAGCUCAAUAUUGCAAACAAUAUUGGAGGAUAAAUAAAAUCCUAAUUAGAAAUUUUUUCCCUCUCAAUUUAUUCCAAGUCUAUAAUUGAUUCACUACAGUUACGGUAUAACUGAUUAACUUCAGUUACAGUCUUUUUACUGUCGAAAUGAGUAAACUUCUGAAAAUAACUGAUUCAUCAAUUAAAAUUAAGUGUACUAACUGAAUUAGUAAAAUGUCUACUAAUUCAAAUUGAAAGAGCGGAUAAUUUGAAAAUUUUCAUAUGUAGCUGAGGUCUUUACGACAAUUAAAUGAAAAGUUAUAAAAGAAAGAAGCCAAGGGACACAAAUUUGACUCGAUACAAAUUAAAAAUAUUGAUUACACUAAGAAAA